AAUGCACUGUUAAAGUGUAUCUGACAAUGAGCUCUGCUCCGAGCGGCGGGCCCUUGGAUGGGUUUGUCGGCCCGGUUGCAAGCUUUCUACAGCACGUUGCCUCUAAUUUUCAGCUAACAACUGGAUGUGAUGGAUGGGCUUCCAGCCGGCGUGGAUGGCCGGCGUCGCCAAGAUGGGCCGGCCGGCCAGCGGGAUCUGCUUUUGGCACGGCGCCAUCCACCUCAGCGCCGGCGGCGUCCCCAACUCGCACAAGGAUGAUGCUGCGCAGCUACCGGCCACCAAUGCUUGCGGCCAUCACAAUGCAAGGCCCGGUGGCGGUGGGCGGGGCGGGGCCUGGGGCCCUGAGCGGCGCCUUGGCUACUGCCGGCGGCGGGUCGGCCGAGGCCAAGGCCAAGGCCGGCGGGGCCGCCGACGGGGCCGUGGGGGCUGGCGGCGGUGGCGGUGGAGGCAAGGGCAAGAGCGAGCCAGAAGAUCGCAUCCUCAUUUCGGAGGUGGAGGUGGUGGGCUGCGAUGGGGAGCUCAAGUCAAUCGCAAAGCAGGCGCUCACCACGCGACCGAACUUCGCAUACACUCUGGAGGAGGUCAAGGCCGACGUGCGGCGUGUCUUCGCCACGGGCUGGUUCAGCGAGGUGUCGCCGGACGCGGAGGACACCCGUGAUGGCGUCAAGCUGCGCAUCCGGGUCAAGCCCAACGAGGAGGUGCGCUCGCUCACAGCCGCCGGCGCCAGCUUGCUGCCCACGUCCGUCAUACAGGAGGCCUUUGAGGGCAUGCCCGGCCGCACGCUCAACCUGGGCUCGCUGCAGAAGGCCAUUGCGCGGCUGGACGCCUGGUACCACGACCGGGGCAUCAUGGGCAUGGUGUCUGACUACACGUUUGAGGGCGGGCAGCUGCAGCUGCAGUGCGCCGAGGCGGUGGUGGGCAGUGUCACGCUGCGGUUCCUGGACGCCGCCAGCGGCCAGCCCAAGGCCAAGACGCGCACCCGGCCGCACAUCAUCACGCGCCACCUAACCACCAAGCCCGGCCAGGUGUACAACCUGCGCGGCAUCCGCCGCGACAUCAACGCCGUCUACUCCACGGGCCUGUUCGAGGACGUCAACGUCGUCACCCGCGAGGCCGCCGACUCCACCGAGGCCGCGCCCAAGGUGGACCUGGUGCUGGACCUGGUGGAGCGCAAGACCGGCGGCCUGAGUGCGGGCGGCGGGCUGAGUGCAGCCGGCUCGGGCGAGGGCGCCUGGCCGGGCCUGAUCGGCUCCUUCUCCUACAACGAGCGGAACCUGUUUGGGCUCAACCAGCGGCUCAGCGUCAGCGCCGAGAUCGGGCAGGUUGACAAGCUGUUCCGGCUGCAGCACACAGACCCCUGGGUCAACUCCGACCCACACCGCACUAGCCGCACGGUGCAGGUCAUGAACAACCGCACAUCGGGCAACUCCAUACACGGCAAGGCGGAGUCGGACGGCGACGACGGCGGCGGCGCGGGUGGCGGCGUGCUGCUGGGGCGGCUGCAGGGCGGCGUGGAGUGGCAGCGCCCGCUGUCGUCGGGGUGGUCUGGCACGCUGGCUGCGUCCUGCCAGCGCACCCGCUGCAUGGACGAGCGCGGGCGGCCCAUCACCCACGACAUGUACCACGCGCCCAUCACCUUCUCCGCCGACAACAACGACACCGCCCUCAUCGCCGCCGUCACCACAUCCUACAGUGACCCUCACGACGUGGACACACACGCGGUGCUGGGGCUGGAGCAGGCGCUGCCGCUGCGCCGCGAGUGGCUGCACUACACACGGCUCAAGCUGCGGCUGGACAAGGCGCUGCGGCUGGGCCCCUACCUGGGUCUGUUCCUGCGGGGCCGGGCCGGCGCGGUGGUGGGAGACCUGCCGCCCUACGAGGCAUUCCCCAUUGGCGGCACCAAUUCGGUGCGCGGAUACGCAGAGGGCGGCGUGGGCUCGGGGCGGCACAGCGUGGAGGCGGGCGCCGAGCUGCGCGCGCCGCUGCCCGUGCAGCCGCUGGUCGCCACGGCCUUCUUCGACUUCGGGUCUGACCUGGGCUCGGGGCAGGCCGUGAUUGGCGACCCGGCGGGCGUGCGCGGCAAGCCCGGCAGCGGGUACGGCUUUGGUGGCGGUGUGCGGAUGGAUAGUCCGGUUGGCCCGGUGCGGUUGGAGUAUGCGUGGAACGCGCGGGGCGAGGGCCGCUUCCAUGUGGGGCUGGGGUAUGGGUGAGGGCGUGCGUGGCGUGGCCGGCCUCGGGAGUGCGGUCGUGUGCUGCCUGUCGUGUUGGAAGAGGAGGAGAAGGAGGAGGAGGUAGCUUAUUACUCCAAGCGGGGUGCUGAAGGAGGUGCUGAAGGUGCGGGAAGGUAGGCGGUGGCGGUGGGUUAAUGGAGGAGGGGCUGGAGGUGCAGGUGGAGGUGGCACGAGGAUGGGCGGCAUGAGGUGAGAGCGGAGCUGAGGGUUGCGCCGUUGUGGGGUGUUGGCACAGAGGACAGAGGGAGUAUGCCGCAGAUGGCUUGGGUGAGGUGGCGUUGGGGUUAUGAGGUAGAGCUCGAGAGGCAACAGCUCGGAGUAAAGGGGCCACAUGGAGCUCAGGGUCUCGCCAACUGCGUGUGUACAAACCUUACCCGUGACGCCUGGCUUCCGUAAAGACCCUGCAUAAGGUUGCAAAUCUUGCAAUGUUGCAUAAGCA